GAGAGAGAGAGAGAGAGACAGACAGGCAGAACAUGCAGGCAGGGAGCAGCGGCCAGUGACUGUGAAGCUAUGUCCCUCAGCAUGCAGAGCCUCCUGCUGACUGGAUUACAGCACAGGACCAGCACUCCGACGCGCCGCUCCCUCUCUCACAUAAUCACCAUCAAUCCGAUUGCGCCAAGGCAACCGCCCCUCUCUCCCUGCUCUGACUCACCCCUCUCCCGCGCAUCCUGUCACCUUCCUGGAUGGCCGAGGUCGUAAUUCACAAGGAGCGGCUCCAAGCGGGGACCCAACCAGGAACGAAGGUGGGGGAGGAGGAAGGGUGCAGGAGACAAGCUGAACAGGAUUUGCCCCAGGUGAAGAAAAUGGAGGACACAAGUCACAGAUUGGAAGGGCAAAUUGGGUUGCUGGAGAACGAAGAGUCACAGAUGUUUGAAAAAGAACAAGCUCUCAGACAGAAGCGGGGAGAGGUGGAGAGAGACUCUGAUGAUGUACAGAGAAUUCUCUUGAAACAAGAUGGAGCUCUGUACUCGACAGAUGUGGUGAAGUACAUCAUCUCCCAGAACUCGGACCUCUUGGAGUUGCAUUCCCGAACACCCAUCACUGCUUCUGGGGACCAACGACUCCCAAGGAAUACUGCAGAGCACACAAUGGAGAUUAGCGUGGGGAAAGACAGGAAAACGGGGGGUAUGAAGAUCCUCUCCGUCUCAGCCGUGGACCCCGGGGAGCUGUACCAGCGGGGUGUGAAGGUGUACGAUGACGGCUGCAGGGUGGUAUACGAGGUGCGCUCUGGGGGAACCACCACCCUGGAGAACGGCGUCCACCCCUGGAGCUCCUCUGAGGUGGAUGAGCUGCUGAGGUGCGUGGGGCAGGCUUAUGGCCGAGGGGAUGGCGCUGGCGUGACAGUCACUCUCGUGGACCUGGACAGCGCUGCCGCUGCCACCACUGGCCUGCCUGACUAUGGGGACGAGGUGCCGGAGCCGCCCGGAGCCAAGCCGGUCACCGUGAUCUUCGUGGGUGAGGAGCAGCCCAGGGACUUGGCCUUUGACUCGGCUGCUGCCCAGGCGGACAUUGUCCUAAUUGAUGAGGAUGACGAGAAGUCCCUGCGUGAGAAGACCGUCACUGAUGUGUCCACCAUGGACGGCAAUGCAGCGGACCUGGUCGCCGGCCGGCCACUGUCGGUCUCCUCUGAACUGUCCUCUGAGGAGAAGGAGAAUAGCUCGGUCGUCGAGCUCCCACCCCCGCUGCCUCAGAAGAAAAGGCGGUGCCGCUGCUGUACUGUCAUGUGAUCUCUUCCCAGCUCUCACCCUUGGAGCCAUGGUCAGUUCCCUAAAAGAGUCACCUUAUUACUAGCAGAAGCUCCACUUCCCAGGCGUCUAGGAAACCACACUCCACCCAGUAUUUUUCAACCUCUUGUCAGUCAGGUGGCUGCUUUUCAGCGGCUUACCAGCAACUGUGAGUGUGAGACCAGAAGAAGGGGUGGGGGUAGGGGGAUGAGACCAGCUGUGGUACAGAACAUUUGUCAGAGCAAAGGUACUUGAUAUUAGUAUACAUUUUUAAGGAGGUGGUGAUUACUUGUGUUCAAUUAAUUAUCUAGAUGUUAGAAAGAAUACCACAAAGAGAGCAAGAGCAGCUUAGGUUAUUUAAGGUAAGAUGCAAGGCAAAAACUGUAUGACAACACAUAAAUCUUGAGUCUGAUAUUAGUUGUUAAAUACUUCAGUAAAACUGGAUUAUAUGCGAUGGUGAAGCACACACUCUUAAUGGGUAUUACAAACAUAUGUAGCUACUGUAUUUCAACAGUCAUAAUCAGUACAGAUCCAGUUGCCUUAAAAAAAGCAUUGAACUCAUAGCUGAGCCACUUGUGUGGGGGUGUGUGUCAUUUUUUUCAGGUCAGCAAGGUGACCAGCAAUGUACAACAAGAGGUGUUCUUGCAACAUGUCAACAUUUUUAAGGAACAUUUGCCUUUGU